ACGCGCCUGAUGAGGAUGCUGGCGGUGAACGGCACCGGCGUGGUGGCCACCUUCUUCGUCAUCAGCGGCUUCCUGGAGGCGCGCCUCUCCAUGAUGCACAUCGGCAAGCUGCGCCGCUUCAACCUCAUGGUGGUGCUCGCGCACUACGCCAUCCGCUACUUCAGGCUGUUGCCCGCGCUGGCCGUGGUGCUGGCCGUCGAGACGCUGUGGCUGCAGUACAUGGGCUCGGGGCCGUUCUGGGGGCAGGUGGUGGGCAGGUGGGUGCGGGACUGCCAGCAGCACUGGUGGACGCACCUCCUCUUCGUCAAACAACUACGUCGCCCAGGGUCCACGUGCAUGAUCCAGACGUGGUUCGUGGCCGCCAUCCUGCAGAUGUACCUGGCCACGCCGCUGCUCAUGUGGCUGCCUACUGACGUGGCAACACUGACACAAUGCAAGCACGCUGUGAGCGCCGAGUACGUUCUUGACCACCACACUGCCUCCAGGCUGCUGCGGCGGCUCAACCUGGCCGACGACCCCCACUUCGUCCACCAGUACGUCCAGACGCACAACAACGCCGUGCCCUACGUGGUGGGCCUCAUCGCGGGCACACUGUUCUACCUGGCCAACCGGCGCGAGUGGCGCCCCUCCAAGACGACGGGGACCUUGAUGUGGCUGGGGAUCCCCCUGACCCUCGUCAUCCUGCUCGCCUCCUUCUUCUCGAUGGUCGUCUUCUACCUGCCCUCGUUCGAGGCGCGGCCGCUGCUGGACACGGCCUACGGCCCCGCGCGGCUGCUGGGGUUCUCGCUGCCCGCCGCCUGGAUCAUCUUCACCUGCGGCGUGGGCCACGGCGGCCUGUUCGACAGCAUCCUGACGUGGAAGCCCGUGGUGACGCUGGGCCGCAUCACGUACUCGGUGUACUUGGCGCACGUCGCCGUCAUCCUGGUGUCGUCGGGCAUCGCGCGCCACCCGAUGUACGUCAGCGACUACAGCCUGGUGGGCCAGUCCGUCGGCACCGUCGUCGUCUCCUACAUCAUGGGCACGGUGCUGCACUUCUGCGUCGAGGCCCCCAUGGCGAACGUGCUGGCCAUCGUCGUCGGCUACUGGUUCCAGAACUCGGACUCCGCCGCCCUGACCAAGGAGAGGGGCCCUGCGGACGAGGUGGCGCAGCAGGCCCCCGAGGCCCCCGACGACUCCGAGGACGUGCACGAGGACACGUCCAGGAGGAGCUCGACCUGCACGACCAACAUGUGAUCC